AUGCAGCCCUAUUUGGGAAAGUUAUUGGCACAUAGCUAUCCAACAAUGCAGUUCUCUAUUGUCGCUCUUACCCUCAUCGCCACCGCCGCCGCCGCACAGAACACCACCAACAGUACCAGCACUCACAACGGUACCCACAACGGUACCUCCACUGGCACUGGCUCACCCUCUAACGGUGCCGCCAACAUGGCCGCUGGUGCCGCUGCCGUCAUUGCCGGCGCUGCUAUGCUCCUGUAA